AUGCUUCCCAAGAUCUUCACCCUCCUGGCCACCGCCGUCUCGGUCGUGUCAGCCGGACCCAUCGCGGCUCGGGACGUCAUCAACCACGAUGCUGUCGUCGGCUUCCCGCAGUCCGUGCCCAACACCAACGCCGGCCAGAACAUGCUCCGCUUCAAGCCGUGGCUCAAGGUUUUCAGCGGCUGCGUGCCGUUCCCUGCGGUGGACCAAUGGGGCAACACUGGCGGCGGCCUCAAGACGUCCGGCGGCUCCUCGUCCGGCUGCUCCAAGAACCUCGGCCAGGUCUACGCGCGGGCGGGCACGCAGGCUGGACGCGGCGCCAUCAUGUACUCGUGGUACAUGCCCAAGGACUCGCCGUCGCCCGGCAUGGGCCACCGCCACGACUGGGAGAACGUCAUCAUCUGGCUCGACGACGUCAACAGCCCCAACGCCCGCAUCAUUGGCGCCUCGGCCUCGGGCCACGGCGGCUACGACACGAGGGACAGCAUCGCCACGGACGGCGACCGGGCCCUGAUCCGCUACUUUAGCAACUGGCCCCUCAACCACCAGAUGGGCUACACCGGCGACAGGGGCGGCGAGCAGCCCCUCGUCAGCUGGGACACCAUGACCCAGGCCGCCCGGAACGCCCUCGAGUGGACCGACUUUGGCGCCGCUGGUGUGCCGUUCAAGGAUGGCAGCUUCCAGAGCAACCUGGCCAAGGUUUUCAACUGA